ACCGACGAAUCGAACAUUAAAACGUGCUCUCGUUCGAACGAAUUCGAAGGCAAAAUAAUAAGGUCAGGUGGAAAUACGAAUGGGCUUUGUAUAACUACGGGACGGAGAAAAACUCGGCUUCCCUUCGUCUAACAUAUAGUUUUAUUGAAAAUUCAUUCAAGGUUAGAUUUCGUUCGAUGUACCUUGACCGAUUUCAACGAGACUCGGCGCUAGUCUCUGAAGUACACCCUUAGAAAAUAGUUUUGUAAAUUUGGAGGAAAAUCUCACUUUGUCCCGGUUUCCUACCGAUUCGUAUCGGAAUAAUGUAGACCGGUUAGCGCGUCGUCUAUUUAGAGGUGCAGGCUCCCACGAGACCGGUGCGAUGAGGACGUCGAAGGUGCUGGCGUGAAUAUCCCGAGGAUGCAGCAGGCAAGCGUAGGUGGCUGCGAUGGGGAUUCUCGACCGGUGAAAUCGGCGAAAAUUUUUGGUAUGAAGGGCGACGUCGCUAACGACAGAAGCUCGAGCGACCCCGACGCUCGAGUCAGGGUGAAAGUCGAGGCUCCAGAAUCGACGGAGAUGUUCGAGAUGAAACGGGAGCCUCAAGACCAGCACGAGUAUCAGCACGACUUCCGUUACGACAGAAAGUCGAUCGUGCCCUUGAAGCUCGAGCUGAAUCAGGAUAUCGCUGGUCAGACACAGCAGCAUCCAGGAUACCGUGCUGCUACCAGCGGUUUCCCGAAUUCUUACGGGUUUCCGCACUUCUAUGGGACAACGAUGCUACCUCCUCCGUUUCCUGCACCAGUACCUCGACAGGAUAAAAUCGAAGAGCAGGAACGCGAACAGGAACGAUACAGAGUGACUAGUGUUCCUGGUGACGGUGAUUUUCCUCAUCACGAGCCUCAUCGGUUCGAGAUCAGUGAUUAUCAAACUAAGCAUCCUGGGUAUCCUGCGAUGCCUUACGCGUCCUUUCGACCUUCGAUGCAACCACGUUCGUCGUACGGUGGUCAUCAGAAUAAUAGUAGCUACAGGAACACGCAGUAUCAGAACAGGAAGCGCAAGUGGGGCGGGGCUGCGCUUCGUGGGAUGCACCCGUCGAUACCGUGGCCAACGUGGUUCUAUCGACCAGAUUUCCCUCUCGGUACACCACUGCCUCCGACUAACCACGUUUCGAACACCAGCAGUGUUCCUACCUCGUCGCCUUUAUCCUCCAGAUGUUUGCACUCGGACGCGCCAAAGGGUUCAGAGUUUCUUGACAGCAGCAAGAUCCACGGGCAAACUCCGACGAUAUGCACGUCCAUAAGAUGCACCGUAAACGGAUGUUCCUGCGACUCGUUCACUCCUGGAAAGCGGCACAUCCGAUACUGCGACAGGUGUCAUCAUGGUUGGGUGCUUCACGCGUUGGCGCGUCUGUCGUCUGGUGGGGAUGUCGUCUCCAGCCCCCGUGCCGUUGGUAGGGAUGACAGGAGCGUUGGAGGGAGGGUAAAGCAGGCGACGCCGACGACCACGGUGACGACGACGACGACGACGAUGACCGCGGUCGCGGGUGGGGGUGGCAGUCAGGAUGGUGGUGGCAGUGUUGGUGGUGGAGGCGAUGUCGCGGAGAAGGAGGAGAGGCCACCGGCUUCAGAGAGUGUCGAGCCGACGGCCGCGUUUGACGUCGCAUCCCUCGUACUCUACGGCUCGCGCGCACUACCGAUACGCCUUAAGAUCUUGCUCGAUCAGUUGUUCAACCAGUUGCAGCACGCGCAAGUGACACGUUUACUAGCCGCUUUCGGCUGGACGUACGAGGAUUACACGCGAGGAUACAUACUGCAGGUGAGUCCACCCAUUUAA